UCAUAAAUACCUCUUUGUGUACGUGCACGCGAUAAUAGUAGUCGAUAGAGUUUUUCAUCAUAUAGUGUAUUACAUCGUCCAUUUCUCUUGUUCUGCGAGUUGUGAGUGUUGUAGCCAAUGUUGAAUUUUCUGGUUAAAACUUAUUUUUCGGUUGAUAAUUUAUAAAACAAUAUACUAAUAGAAUUAAUUUACUACUAGUUAAGUAGUUAAUUUAUUAACUGUUUUAUUAAUUGUCUAUUCUAUCUAUUCAGAUAUCCUAAAAGAAAUUAAGAACGCGAUUCUUUAGUAUGGCGUCUACAUCGAGGGAUUCUCAAGAAAUCAUUGCUAAAAAGACAUGGGAAUUGGAAAACAACGUACAAACUGUUAAUACAGUCGAUGACAUAUUCAGAUAUGACAAACAACAACAACAAGAUAUUUUGACUGCCAAACCUUGGGAGAAAGAUCCACAUUAUUUUAAAGAUAUUAAAAUAUCUGCAUUAGCACUAUUAAAAAUGGUCAUGCAUGCUCGAUCUGGCGGUGUUUUGGAAAUAAUGGGUCUAUUACUUGGCAAAAUAGAAGGUAAUACAAUGAUCGUCAUGGAUUCUUUUGCUUUACCUGUUGAAGGAACAGAAACCAGAGUCAGUGCUCAAGAUGAAGCCUAUGAAUACAUGGCAGCAUAUAUUGAAUCUGCUAAAGUAGUUGGACGUCAAGAAAAUGCAAUUGGAUGGUAUCAUAGCCACCCUGGCUAUGGCUGCUGGUUAUCUGGUAUUGAUGUUUCAACUCAAAUGUUAAAUCAAAAUUUCCAAGAACCUUUUGUAGCAAUUGUAAUUGAUCCAGUUAGAACAAUUUCUGCUGGUAAAGUUUGUUUGGGAGCAUUCCGUACCUAUCCUAAGGGUUAUAAGCCAGCAAAUGAAGAACCAUCUGAGUAUCAAUCUAUUCCAUUAGAUAAAAUUGAAGACUUUGGAGUACACUAUAAACAAUACUAUUCAUUAGAAGUAAAUUAUUUCAAAUCUUCUCUGGAUCGACGUUUAUUGGAUUCAUUGUGGAAUAAAUAUUGGGUGAACACUUUAAGUUCUUCCAAUUUAUUAACCAAUGCUGAUUACUUAACUAGUCAAAUAAAUGAUCUUUCCGAUAAACUAGAACAAGCUGACACUUCUCUGAAUCGUACAUGUCUCGAGCCUGUUAAUCGUACUAAAACAGAAAAUAAAUUGGUAAAAGCUACCAUGGAUAGUAAUAAAGCAACAAUCGAAAUAUUAAGUGGAUUAAUGUCUCAAACAAUUAAAGAAGCUCUGUUUAAUAGUUUUACACCAAAGAAUAAUCGGCAAUAAAUAACAAAUUUGUAUUAUAAUUUCUAAGUAAAUAAUUAAUACUCUCGACAUAACCU